AAUAGACAACAACGGGGAAUGCAUUUCAGAAAUCAGUUAGUCUACAGAAGUUGCUUGGGGCUAACGGUCGCGUUAUGACAUGUAGAACUUUCUCCCAGGCCUCGGUAACGAAAGAGGUUAUACUUAUGGACUAUUUAAUUAAAAAUCUAAUUUUAAAUCAAAGCUACCUUUAAAUCGAAAUACGUAAAUUUAUUUAAGUCUAAUAUUGACGUAAUCAAGUUAAGCUACAUACAUGUAAAUAAUUAAUAAUAUAACAGAAUUUCUCAAACAUCGUCGUUGAUCACUUACAAGGCUAUCUACAUUAUCGAAUUUGCUGAAAGUGGUCACAUUGGUGGAUACGAUAUAUUAUACGAAGACGAUACAGACAUGUAUGGCAAGGAACAAUUGUGUAGUGCUUUUAUUGUGUUAUUGUGCUUCCGAGUAACGCAAAACGCGUCUCUAAGUCUCAGUGAACAAAAUAAAUAUAAAAGUCUGAUUGAAGGCCAAGGUCUCUAUACAUUAGAUGAUGGUGUUGAAAUUUUGACUAGUCAUAAUUUUAAAAAUGAACUGUACGGCCAAAAGAACGCUUGGUUGAUAGAGUUUUAUAAUAGUUGGUGCGGUUUUUGUCAACGUUUUGCACCCUCCUGGAAAGCUCUCGCCAACGACGUGAGAGAAUGGAAAGAUUUGGUCAACAUUGGGGCGAUUGACUGCUCCGAUGACGAUAACAGCAAAAUAUGCAGGGACUUUGAGAUAAUGGCUUAUCCAACGCUGUUGUAUUUCCACGAAAAUUUCCAAGAAGGGCCCGACAAUCGCGGUGCAGAAGUUGUCAAGGGAACCGACGUCCAUACACACAGAGAAAAGUUGAUAGAGAAACUUAUCAGGGAACAAACAGAGGGCCGAGGAAAAAUAUUUCCGCCUUUGUUACCAAUACAUGAUACCUCAAAUGUUGAUAAAAUAUUUAGCGAAUUACCUGUGGAUAUUCGAUACGUUUUCUUGAUCGUUGAAUCACCUCAGUCACUUCUAGGACCAACUGUGGCUAUGGAUUUGCACAAAAUCAAUGAAAUUAGAAUACUUCAUACUUUUAAUAAUAAUUCGCAAUUACUCGGUAAACUUGGAAUUACGACCUCAACUUCGGUAAUUGCUCUGUCUUUGCCAAAAGACAUGGUUCACCUCUCAGGCGAUUUUCAAACGAGAGCUGGCAUAAGUACGGCGAUAUUAAAUUUCCUUGAGUCUAAAAAAAUUAAAAUCCCCGAAAGAUCCCCAAAACCUCCGAUAUUUACCGGUAAAUGGGCGGAUGUCGAAGUUCCCGACAUUUCUUCUCUUAUGGAAGCUAGGGAGCGAGAGGCACUCAAUAAAAAAAUAAAAGAAAUGGGCGAUGCAGUUUUCCAAAUGGAUCUCGAAACGGCCCUUCGCAUCUCUUUGAAAACUGAAGUUGGAAGAAUGAAAAAUAUAUCGGGAGAAAAACUGGCAGCUUUAAAAGCUUAUUUAAAUGUUUUAGCCAAAUAUUUUCCCUUCGGCCAAAACGGAAGGGUGUUUUUGAAUCAACUUAGGAACCGAGUCAACGAGGCAACUAAUACCAUUAAUGGGGAACAAAUAUUUGAAAUAGUCAAAGAUGCUGAGAAAGAUAACAGCAAAGUAUUUUCGUCUCCUGAACGGUGGCUAGCUUGUAAAGGGAGUAAACCCCAAUAUAGAGGAUACCCAUGCGGAUUGUGGAAGCUCUUUCACUUUCUCACCGUGAGUUCCGCCGAAAGUGAUUUAAACGACGACCACGCUGAUCCUUUAGAAGUGCUGAAUGCUAUGCACGGAUAUAUCAAAAACUUUUUUGGAUGUUUUGAUUGCAGUAAUCACUUUCAAGAUAUGGCCCGAAAAAAAGGCUUAUCAUCUGUACAGUCUCGUGAAUCUGCGGUUCUGUGGCUGUGGAUGGCCCAUAACACUGUUAAUAAAAGGUUAUCCGGCGAUUCUACCGAAGAUCCUGAAAACCCGAAAGUCCAGUUCCCUUUAACAGAACGUUGUUCUUUAUGUAAAAACACAGACGGUUCGUGGAAUUAUCCCGAAGUGCUCAAGUACCUGAAGCACGUCUAUAGUAGUAUAAAUGUCAGAUAUAUCGGCUCCGACUCCAGAAUUCUUCACUUGGGGUUAGAAGGAGCAUUGCCGAGCAACGGAUCAAGUAGCAUCUUCCAAAAUAUCGAUACGAAGGGGUUACAGGAAAAAGAUGUACGUUCAUGACAUUUUGGGAAAAGUUUAACAACUGCAACUGCAUGA